AGGCGCGGGACGAUAUGGAGGAUAUACCCAGUCCGUGUAUACGGCAUGAGCGUUCUACGUUCCGUUUUGAGCGUUCGGACGACGUGAGUACAAGAGUAUGCGAGACGAUCGUACAAGGCGUCAUGCGAGGGCGGCGGGAACGUUUUCUUUAGCACGGAUUGCAUACAUGGCAUUACUUUGGUUUCAAGGGGUGCUGCGACAGGGAACACAGGCGUUCUGGAGUAGAUAUCCAUUAUUGUCAUCUUCAUGUCAAGAAGCUUAUAUUGCUCGGCAAGGCCAUCUGAUCCCCUUUAUGACUCACGACUCACACUGUCAUUAUAAUCUCUUAUCCUCAUAAGCUCUUGCUGAUUGCUCGUUCACGCCAUACCAACUGUCUGACGAGCCAUCCU